CCGCUUAGCUUUCGUUUCCCCGCGGCGCCCCGGGAGGCAUUUCCGAGGGGCGGGGCGGGGCCCGGCAGCGCCUAUGGCCUUCGCCCGCCGCCCGCGCGCCCCACUGCCGCUCGGACGCCUUUGGGGUUCGCAGCGUGGGGCCUGCGCCCGAGCCAUGGCGCUGCCGCGCCGCUUCGCCCUGGAACUGCCCGGCUGCACCGUGGCGCACUUCGCGGUCGGCGACGGCGUCCCCGGCGCGCACAGCGACCCCCAGGGCCUGGCCGCGCUCCUCGGCCCCCCGGGCCGCAGCUACUCGCUGUGCGUGCCCGGGCCGCCGGGCGGGGACUGCGCGGCGCGGGUGCGCGCGGCCCGGCUGCACCAGCGCCUGCUGCGCCAGCUGCGCCGCGACCCCCUCCAGCGGUGCCAGCUGCGCCGGCUGCUAGGCUACUGGCCUGGCGGCGGGGCGGGCGACGUGCAGCACGGCUUCCUGCUCCACGACCCCAGCGACAGCCCCGACACCCGGCGCGCGCUGUUCGCGCUGCUGGGCGCGCACCCGGAGGCCCCGCGCCUGGGCGAGUUCGUGGGCGACGAGAGCCGCCAGGUGUGGCAGCGCCUGUGGGAGCUGCGGGACGGCGCGGGGUGGCAGCAGGUGGGCCAGGAGCCCGUGGUGGCCGCCCCCGAGCCCGACCUGCACCCGGCGGUGCCCGACCUGCCCAGCUCCGCCGUCUUUCCCCACCGGGCAGCCGCCCGCGCCGUGCUGGAGGCGUGCACACCCUUCAUUCCCGAAGCCCGGGCAGUGCUGGACCUGGUCGACCAGUGCCCAGAACAGCUCCAGAAAGGAGAGUUCCCCGUUAUUGCCAUCGAAGGGCUGGAUGCCACAGGUAAGACCACCGUGACCCGGUCAGUGGCAGAGUCACUCAAGGCAGUGCUCCUGAAGUCACCACCUGCUUGCAUCAGUCAGUGGAGGGAAAUCUUUGAUGAUGAGCCCACUAUCAUUAGAAGGGCUUUUUACUCCUUGGGCAAUUACAUCGUGGCUUCUGAAAUAGCAAAAGCAUCUACCACAUCUCCUGUGAUUAUAGACAGUACUAGGAACUCUUCAGCAGACCCAUCCUCGUUUCAACAUCCUCGGCAACUGAUUUUCAGGUGCGAUCAUGACCUCUGCAGACGUAGCGCUCACCACUCCUGUCCUCCUCAGGUACUGGCACAGCACGGCCACCUACGCCAUGGCCACCGAGUCCCGAGGAGAGAAGGCAGAGGAUUGAGGGCCGGGGCUUGGAGAGGACCAAAGAGGAGGCUGAGCUGGAGGCCAACAGCGUAUUUCGGCAAAAGGUAGAAGUAUCCUACCGGCGGAUGGAGAGCCCUGGCUGCUGUGUGGUUGAUGCCAGCCCCUCCAAAGAAGAGGUCCUCCAGAUGGUUUUAAGCAUAAUCCACAAUAAUUGUAAUUAAGUAUAAUUACUCCUGGCCAGGAGACAUGUUUUCUUAGAUGUGAAGUUGGCUGAUAUAGCUAAGCCCACAAUUGGUUAUGCAGUUUUCCCAGAAUUCUAUUGCAGAAGAAUUCUGUGUGGCAGAAAAUUGGAGUUGAGACAUUUCCAUUUUACUUAGACCUUUGUAUUCACUUCUGGCUGAUGGACCCAUCAAGGCUGAGACUGGUCAUGUUUCAGCCAGAGACCUGUGAUGCUUUCUGCCCACAUAACAAACAUUGUCUUGGAAUAUAUUUUUAACUACAACCCUACCAAUCCUUCCGUGGUUUGCUCAUCCAGAGCGCAUGAGGGGCGCAGAGCGGGCUGAAGUUCUUCCAGGCCAGCAGAAGCCCCUCCAGCCUGUCCCAUGCCUACACCUGGCUCACUGAUGAGACCCUGGCAUGGCCAGAGUUGACAUCUUUCCAACCUGGCUCUAAUCCAUCGUGAGGAGCUCAGCACCAGUCCUAGAGCCACGCACUCCAAAGACCAUGUUUGGGUGUCCUGGCUGUCGCUGUCUUCUGGGUGGGGGGAUGCUUACAAAGAAGGCGUCUGACUUGUGUCCGAAGCUUACAACCCCUCAGAUGGUCCUCUCGGUUAGCACUUCAGAGUCAAACGUAGAGACAGUUAACCCAAGAUGCUCUAAAUACAAAUACACCAACCUUCUUUGAAUUAUAUGCCGCUUAUUUAUAUUCCUUUCCUUUCCUCUAAAAACACGGCUUUGGAUAUAAUGAGUGUUUUGCCCUGAAGUAGAUGAAUGAAACUUAGCCAACCCCCCAAUGUAUUCAUAUAUUUACAUGAUGAUUCCUCUGGGUAGGGGCUAUGCAUCACUAAUUACAAUUGAAGCCAAAAAGCUAAAUGCAGUGCUUGUAUAUUUUCAUUACACAGAUUUAAUCUAUCUAACUAAGUAAGCACAGUGCAUCCUGGGAUGGGAUUUCUUAGUAAAUUGUCUUGUCCUUGAAUGUCUUCUGACUGCACACGAAAUCAGCUUUGAGAUCUGUUUGGUUAAAAAAAAACAGCUGAGAAAAGAGGAAACUGGAUAACUCUGCAGCCUUGGGAGAGUCGUUUAACAUCAAUAACUUGGCCUAAUGAGUGAUAAUUCUUUCUUUGUCUUGAGGAGUUGGCUGAACAGGUGAUUGCCUCAAAUUCUACUUCUCAUACAGAUGGAUCUAUAAAUUAUUGCAUGAGCCUCAAGAAGACGCUGUCUCCAAAUAAUUAAAUUUAAGGCCUUUCAAGUUUCAGCAUCUGGAACCUUAAAUUAUAAUGAAGUUUAAUAUUAAGUCUAUCAUACUAUUCUUCAAAAGAAUUGUAGGCAAUUUUAUGUACUAUAUCUGCACAUAUAAACAUGUGAUUGGUUUCAGUUGAAAAUAUUUUUUAAAGCUGAUAAAUAGCAUCAAGGACCUUUAAGGUAUGAUACGGAAUUAUAUUAUUGGUGAUACUUACCUAGACAUUUUGGAAAGCUUGUGCUGGCGGCCUAGGAACACAGACACUGAACACUUUGUAUGCCUUGCAAAUGAAUAAACUCGCUGUUCUUUCCUGA